AUGAUCUCCUUUGCUACUUUGCAGUUUGCUAUGGUAGCUGAGCGAUACGUAGCGUUGUGGAAGCGCAGCAGUUAUGAGACAUUUGGGAAAAAACUGGGUAUUAGCUUUGCAUUUUUCUCGGUCACAGCUGGAUUCGCUAUCGUCUCUUGGACGACUCGUAUAGAGGAGUUUUCGGCUUUACCUUAUUGUACCCCAUCUUCGCCACGCGCAGUGGAAAGAAUAACAUUAUUAUGUUAUUUGCUUUGUUCUAUAAACGUAAUCACUUUGGUUGGAGUGGCAGUUCUCUUCACUGGGAAUCACAUCGCCGUCAAGAGCAAACGUUUCGAUUUGAGUUCUUCCUACCAACUAAAGGAAAACUAUUCGGUGAUCAAACUUCUUUUACCCCUUUCCGUAUUCCAAAAGUGCAAUUCUUGUGGAAAAAUGUCCGGUGGAAGCGGUGUUCCUCUGUCGGAUCGGCUAAACGUGGAAAAAAAACAAGCUGGACGAGAGCAUCAGAGACUACCGUUUCCCAUCAACAAGUGA